AUGGAACUUUACAGACUAUAUAAUGAGACUGGCAUUGAUUUGCUUAAUUUUAAUGAGACUGAUACCCUAGAGAUACAGUUUUCAGACUCAAUGAAACUCGUGAUAAUCCUGCUUAUCUCUUUAAUUAUUGUGUUCACAGUUCUUGGUAAUAUUUUGGUUAUGUUAGCUUUCAUUGUGGAUAAAAGGCUUCAUACUCAAAGCAACUUCUUUCUUCUGAAUUUAGCCAUAUGUGAUUUCAUCAUAGGAGUGUUUGUCAGUCCUUUGUAUGUCCACUACUUGCUAACAGGAAAAUGGGUGUUUGGAAGAUACCUUUGCAAACUCUGGUUAAUCUGUGAUUAUACAAUGUGCACAGCUUCAGCAUUCAAUAUUGUUCUGAUCAGUUAUGACAGGUUUCUCUCUGUAACAAAGGCUGUACUCUAUCGUUCCUUCCAAAAAAACCACACACAGACAGUCCUCAGAAUGGCUGCGGUCUGGGUAAUGUCUUCCUUGCUGUACAGUCCAGCCAUUCUGUUUUGGAAAAGUGUUUUCAGUACAACGGAUGUGGCUGACAGCUCAUGCUCAGCUGAUUUUUAUGAAACCUGGUAUUUUAAUUUGAUAACAUCAUGCUUUGAUUUUAUCCUUCCACUAAUAAGCAUUUCCUAUUUUAAUUUGACAAUCUACUGGAACAUAUCUAAACGCAGCAGAAGGAAAACAUUAUAUUCUAUUCCUCUUGCUUCGGAAGCAAAAAAGAAACAUGUUAUGCCAUUUAUCAUAUCAACCAAUCUAGUUUUAUAUUCCAUGCAGCAAAACAGGGAAAAAAAUACUGCAUUUCCAAUUUGA